AUGAAGCAUACGAAGAAAAUGAUAAUGGUACCUGAAAGUGAAUAUCUUACACUACUCAACAUGAUAAAAGGAAAUUCGGAUUUUAUGCAAACUGAAAAAGCUCGAACUGAUGCGAAAAUUAUGGAGACUCUUGAAGAUCCAAAAAUUAGCGAAGAAACCCGUGCUAAAAAAUAUAAUUUAUUGUAUAAGAAAAGACAACAAUUAAAACAAGAGAUAGAAAAUCGUCCACAAAAAGUAAUACUUCAAGAGAAAAAUAAUGAUUCGCCAGAUGUUAUCCCAUAUCUUGAAAGCAGCAAACCAAUAAUGCCUGCAAUACAUGAAAAUUCUCAAAAAGAAGUCCAUGAAUUAAAUGAUAGUGAUUCUGAACCUAAGAGGAGAUACUAUUCAAGAAGGGUGUCGCCUUUCAAAGGAAUUAUUUCAAAAAAAUUCGCAAAUGAUUUGGAGGGAUAUGUUCGUGAGAACAAGGAAAAAUUUCUGAUCCACGAUGAUGGGACCUUUGACACUAAUGUUCGAGGAAGAACCAUUAAAGAAAGUAAUUUUAGCCAUGUUCUUGAUUAUAUUACAGGUGAACGGCCGUCAAUUACUAAGGGCUUCAGUUUUCUUUUUGCAAGAAUUUCUAAAGAUCCUCUAGUUAAGGAAAUGAUUCGUGCAACGCGUGAGGGAAUCAUUAACAGAUAA